AAUCGUUGAGUAAAAACGUAUACUCACCGUUGAGUAGUGGUGUUAUCGGAAGUUCUCGGAACACAACUGAUUAAUCAACGAUUUUACUCUAAAAACCGUCGAGUAAUAACGUACUCACCGUUGAGAAGUGGUGUUUGCGAUCAAAAGUCAUCGGUGGGUAAAAAGUGCCGACCUUUGCGGUGAAGUGCGUGGAAAAGCGCGCGAGCGUCAAAGUCAUCGGGCGCGGGGUCAAGAGUCAUCGGGCAGGCGGCAGUCAACGGCCAGCGAGUCCGGAAAAGUGGGGAAAUGCCCCGGCGAGCGGUGAUCUAAGAACGGGUUUCAAGUUUUUCGACGCCGUAUCCGAAGGUCCUUUCGGUCCGCGCUUAAAAUUCAGGCUGGUGAAUUUACCGCGUCAGUCGCUACGCCGCCCGUCCACCGACAUGUCACUCAGAGCAGGUCCGAGCUCCGCAUCGGUGUAACCGAACCCGCGCGGAAAACAUCGCCUUUCGCAAUCGCUCGCGAAACUUCGCGCUGUGCGGUCAACUUCCUCCAAGUGAUUCUCUAACUUAUCGAUUUUCUCGACUCUGGAAAUUUUCAAAAAUCUUUGUGCGUGUUCGCGGGUGAUUUUAUUCCAAGUGCUGGUGAGUGCGCGAGUGGAAACAUGGCGUCUAUAGUGCGAAAAGUCGUCGACACCUACACCGAUGUGAUGGAAAACCACUCGGACCCCAGGGUCAAAGAUUGGUUCCUGAUGUCAGGCCCGGGUCCGACCAUAGCCAUCGUCUUGGUGUACGUCUUCAUCGUCAAGGUGGCCGGCCCCAAGUUCAUGGAGAACCGUAAGCCCUACGAGCUCCGGAAGACCCUCAUCAUCUACAACACCUUCCAGGUCCUCUUCUCGACCUGGCUCUUCUGGCUCGCUCUGGAGGCCGGCUGGUGGGGUGAGUAUUCCUUCCGUUGCCAACCCGUCGAUUACUCCAACUCCCCGAAAGCCCUCUUCACGGCUAGGGGCUGCUGGUGGUACUACUUCUCCAAGUUCACCGAGUUCUUCGACACGUUCUUCUUCGUGCUCCGUAAGAAGUACAACCAAGUCUCCCGGCUCCAUGUCAUCCACCACGGAAUCAUGCCCAUCUCCGUCUGGUUCGGAGUGAAGUUCACCCCUGGCGGCCACUCCACCUUCUUCGGGCUCCUUAACACCUUCGUCCACAUCAUCAUGUACACUUACUACGCUCUUGCCGCUCUUGGGCCACACAUGCAGAAGUACCUCUGGUGGAAGAAGUACCUGACCGUCCUCCAGAUGAUUCAGUUCCUCCUGGUCAUGAUCCACGCUUUCCAACUACUCUUCAUCGACUGCGACUACCCCAAGGCCUUCGUCUGGUGGAUCGGUGCCCACGCUGUAAUGUUCUACUUCCUCUUCUCGGACUUCUACAAGCAGAGCUACAAGCAGUCCCAGGUAAAGGCCGCCCAAAAGGCCGCUAAGGAAGCCGCCAAUGGCAGUGCUAACGGUUCCGCCAACGGAAAAGCCAACGGCAAGGAGAAACCCAUCACCGACUCGUACAAGGUACCCGAGAAGGACCUCCAGAAUAGUUACCAGGACAGCAACGUCAGGCACAGAGGGUUCGUCUCGGAGAGAUAAGAUAAGCUAGUUUUUCCAAUUUUUUUUUUUUCGAAAGCUCCUCGGUAUUUCACCUCGGGAGGAUGUUCCGGAUCGAAAAUGGCAAAAAGGGCGUAUGACAAGCUUAAUUUGAAAAAUUCGACUCGAUUGUGACGAAGUUCUGUUCACGACUACCAAAGUGUACCAUUAUUUUACAAUGCAGUCAAAAAUUACAUAGUAUUUUCGACUUUCAACUGUAGUUUGAUGAAAAUUUUCACGAGUUUAAUUUACCGUGCUAAUUUUAUCAUACGCACUGUGCGUUUAUUUCACGUGAUAUCAUUUGGCUUCUGAUAUGAUCUGAUGAAUGCAAUUGUCUUUUUAGGAUUGUCCGUUAUUUUCUGAGCCCUAGGAAACUUUAUCACAUCAUUUCGUCAAAAAUGCGAUGAAACGAUUCGAUCUUACGCCUUUUUUGAUCCUGAAAUACUUCCCUUUAGUUUUCAACUACUUCCGCGGAAGUUUGCGCUUCAGCGGUGAGCUUCAAAGAAAUAUUAAAGGAGAGAGGCUUCAAAUACAAGUGCGUGUGCGAGACAGUUAAUACUUAGCGUUAGUUUUAUUGACUUGAUACUCACACAUCGAUAUCAAUGCAGUGAAUUGGCAAUUGAUGUGUGGGAUUCGUUUCAUGCGCAGAUGUGUUUAGCGAGCCAAAGAAGAAGAAACACCGUGCGGAACGUGAAGUUCAUUUUUUUUUUCAACGACGAGGGAAAAUCUUCCCGAGGAGAAUAAAUUUGCCAAUAUUUGUGUAGUUUUUGUAUAUUUAUUGGUAGUUUUAAGGUUAGUUUUUAUAUUUAUUGUAGUAGCCCCCAAGAAUGAAGCCGCGAACGAAUUUCGCUGCCUUGACAUGAAAUAGUGUUUUACCGUGCUAAGGAAGAACGCCGUGUGAGCUUUCAGACGUUGCCUUACUUCCUUUAAUAUGAAACGAAUUUACCAGAAAAAUUGCGAAUGUUUUUUACAAAUUUUCCAGACAAUUUUGUGCGCAAUUCAAUCUGAAAAUUUAAAAAAAAAAACAUGCAUGACUUUCCUCAAAAAUACAUGUUUUAUUCGAGGAAAUUUGGCAACUCUUGAAUGUUUAUACGGCGUUCUUCUUUGGCAGUAUUGUACAGUACCAAUGCCUAAAAUCCGAUUUUUCUUUUACUUAUUAGGCCACAUUUUGGGCUGAAACCCCAAACAUUUGAUAGAUAUAAGUUAUCGUGAUGCGUGCCUGUUUAUAGUAGACACUAAGUUACCGAUGUUUGUGCCCGUGCGUUAAAGUUUCUCAGUUGUGAGCGAAACAACACGAGUUGUGCGCAAACUCUUCAUAAGAGGCGUCUUAGAAAACACUGUUGAUACCCAAAAAAUCUCGCCUUAAGCUCUGAAGAGCUUGUUUAUUUUUUGGUUUUUCGCCCAUGACAAUCGUCACGCUGCUAAGUUCAUCCUUGCGCAAACCUAAGUAAAGUUAACUUUAAUCGGCAAUUAACUUUGAAUUUUGGAGACGGGAUUUACAUAAAUGUGCAAAAUUAACUUAACAUUUACUCAAUAUUAUUACCUUUGAUUUCGGAAAAUUUUUAACUUAACAGAAGAUCAAAUUUCUAAAAAAAAAAUUAUAUAAAUGACAUUCUCGACAAAACAAUGCUCCUAUCAUAUUACUUUAUAUUAUUUUAUUUAUUUUUAUUCAAGUAGUACGUAGCUACAGCUAAAAUAUCUAGCAAAAAAAAAACAGGAUUAGGGAAAAUAGCUGAUGGAAAACUACUUCAACUACGUUCCUCCUAAUCAGAUUUAGAAUAGUUUGCGUUGUUCAAGCAUUCCGGACCGGUUCGACGGGCACAUCUUAAACCUUCCGCCAAUAUUUUUUCUCGAUGUAUUGAUUCGGACGAGAUGUUUGACAUUUUUGAGUAAUCCAGUCUUUACCAGCAUUGAAGAGCUCUUAAAAGCUAUCAAAACUCAAAAGGCUCGCGAUUGACUCUUGGUAACUGUUUCCAUUUAUCAUGGUAUUUGUACCAAGAUAACCGGUCUUGUGUGAAUAAUAAUAACUUAAGUACCUUAAAAA